CUUCCGGUGUCAUGGCGCUGAUGUACGAACUGUGAGCGAGUUUCUCAAAGCCGUUGACUGACCGGACCGUCUUUUUCUCUUAACUUCUGAUUGCCUACUACAUUGGAAGGAUCCCGGGAGACCUUCAAGCCACUCAAUGGAAGCACUGACCUUUAAGGAUGUAGCUGUGAAUUUCACCAAGGAGGAGUGGGCUCUGCUGAAUCCAUCCCAGAAGAAGCUCUACAGAGAUGUGAUGAAGGAAACAUUUAGGAACAUGACUGCUGUAGGAAGGUCCUUGGACAACUGGCAAAUUGAAGAACAUGAAAAUCUCUCAAGAAAUCUAAGCAAUGAAAAGGUACUGGACUGCAGUCAGAAUGAAGGUUGGAAUCAACAUGUAUCUCACACCAGAAUGAAGCCAGAUAAAUAUUUUGGAUUGGAUGACAAGCUGAGAAAAUGUAAUGAACAUGGAACAACCUACAGUGAUCUCCACUCCUUUCAGAGUAAUGCAAGGAGAAAGAUCAGUGAGAAAGCCUAUCAAUGUGGAAAAACUUUCUCCAACCUCAGUGCAAGAACUUAUACUGAAGAGAAUACCUUUGUAGGUAAGAAAAUACUGAAAGCCUCCACUACCCCCAAUGGUGAUCAAAUCCAUGAAAGAAAUCACAGUGGCUGGAAGCCACAUAUGUGGAAGCAAUUUGGGAAAGCUUUUAUUUCUUUUCCCCUUGUUCAAGUACAUGAAAAACGAUACAUGGAAGAGGGACCCAAUAUUUCUAAGGAACAUGUGAAAAAUUCCUUUCACGGACCUGAAAGGACUCAUACUGGGGAGAAGCCCUACGUAUGUAAGCAAUGUAGGAAAGCCUUCCCUACACAAAGUAGAUGUAAAGUACAUGAAAGGAGCCACACUGGGGAGAAACCAUAUAUGUGUAAGCAAUGUGGGAAAGCAUUCACUAGACAAUAUAGUUGUCAAAUACAUGAAAGAAAUCAUACUGGGGAGAAGCCUCAUGUGUGUAAGCAAUGUGGAAAAGCAUUCAGUAGAAAUAGUACUUGUAAAGCACAUGAAAGAAUUCACACUGGGAAGAAACCCUAUACAUGUAAGCAGUGUGGAAAAGGAUUCACUAGACAGCAGUAUUGUAAAAUACAUGAAAGAAGUCACACUUGGAAGAAACCCUAUGCAUGUAAACAAUGUGGGAAAGCAUUCAGCACAUACAAUAAUUGCAAAGUACAUGAAAGAAUUCACACUGGGAAGAAACCCUAUACAUGUAAGCAAUGUGGGAAAGCAUUCACUACACAGCGGUAUUGUAAAAUACAUGAAAGAAAUCACACUUGGAAGAAACCCUAUACAUGUAAGCAAUGUGGGAAAGCAUUCACUACACAGAGUUAUUGUGAAAUACAUGAAAGAAGUCAUAUGGGGGAGAAACCCUAUGCAUGUAAGCAAUGUGGGAAAGCAUUCACUACAAGGAGUUACUGUAAAGUACAUGAAAGAAUUCACACUGGGGAGAAACCCUACAUUUGUAAUCAGUGUGGGAAAGCAUUCAACACACAGGGUUCCUGUAAAACACAUGAAAGAAUUCAUACAGGGGAAAAACCUUACAUAUGUAAGCACUGUGGGAGAGCAUUCAGCACACAGGGUUCCCGUAAAAUACAUGAAAGAAUUCAUACUGGGGAGAAACCUUAUGUAUGUAAGCACUGUGGAAAAGCAUUCAGCUCAUUAAGUGGCCGUCAAAGUCAUGAAACUAGUCAUAGUGAGGAGAAACCUUAUGUGUGCAAGCAAUGUGGGAAAGCUUUCACUAAAAAAGUUUUUUGCAAAAUACAUGAGAUAACUCACUCAAGUGAGAGACCCUAUGUAUGUGAGCAAUGUGGAAAAACUUUUAGAAACAGGUGUGCAUUUCGUAUACAUAGACGAAGCCACACUGGCGAGAAACCCUAUGCAUGUAUCCAGUGUGGAAAAGCAUUCCUCACAUUCAGUAUCUGUCGAGUACAUGAAAGUACUCAUAGUAGGAAGAAGCCCUAUGUGUGUAAACAAUGUGGGAAAGCAUUUGCUACACAGAGUUCCUGUCAAGAUCAUGAAAGAAUUCACACUGGGGAGAAGCCCUAUGCAUGUAAGCAGUGUGGAAAGACAUUCACUGCGCAGAGGUCUUGUAAAGCACAUGAAAGAAGUCACACUGCAGAGAAACCCUAUAUAUGUGAGCAGUGUGGAAAAGGAUAUGCUAGGAUAUAUGAAUUUCGUGCACACAGGCAAACCCACACUGGAGAGAAACCCUAUGUAUGUAAGCUAUGUGGGAAAGCAUUCGCUACACAGAGUUACUGUAAAAUACAUGAAAGAAAUCACAGUGGGGAGAAACCCUAUGCAUGUAAGCAAUGUGGAAAAGCAUUCGCUACACAAAAUUACCGUAAAAUACAUGAAAGAAGUCACAGUGGGGAUAAACCCUAUGCAUGUAAGCAAUGUGGGAAAGCAUUUGCUACACAGAGUAACUGUAAAAUACAUGAAAGAAUUCACAAUGGGGAGAAACCCUAUUCAUGUAAGCAUUGUGGGAAAACAUUCACUACACAGAGUUACCGUAAAGUACAUGAAAGAAUUCACAAUGGGGUGAAACCUUAUGUGUGUAAGCAAUGUGGGAAAACAUUUGCUACACAGAGUUACCGUAAAAUACAUGAAAGAAUUCACAAUGGGGAGAAACCCUAUGCAUGUAAGCUAUGUGGGAAAGCAUUCACUACACGGAGUUAUUAUAAAGUACAUGAAAGAAUUCACAAUGGGGAGAAACCUUAUGCAUGUAAGAUAUGCGGGAAAUCAUUCACUAUACGGAGUUACUAUAAAGUACAUGAAAGAAUUCACAAUGGGGAGAAACGCUAUGCAUGUAAGCUAUGUGGGAAAGCAUUCACUACGUGGAGUUACUAUAAAAUACAUGAAAGAAGUCACAAUAGGGAGAAACCCUAUGCAUGCAAGCUAUGUGGGAAAGCAUUCAGCCAAUGGAGUACCUGUCAAAUACAUGAAAAAUCUCACAUUGGACAAACCCUAUGUAUGUAAGCAAUAUGGAAAAAGAUUUACUAAUAUGUAUGCCUUUCAUGCACAAUUGGCAAACCCACACCGGUGAGAAAUCCUAUGCAUGUAAGUAAUAUGGAAAAGCAUUCAGCACACACACUAUCAGCCAAAGCUGUGAAAGAAUUCCCCGCGGUGUAGAAAUCCUAUCUAUGGCAGCAGUGUGGGAAAGGAUUAACUACACACAAAUAUUGUCAAAGACAUGAAAGAACUUCCACUGGGGAGAAAGUGUGCAUGUCAGCCAUGUGGACCAAGUUUUGCCGGUGAGUCCCCAUUUUAUAGACAUAGAAAAUCUCACACUGGGGAGAAACUCUCCAUAGAAAAGUAGUGAGGGGAAAGCAUUCAGUGAACACAGGUUUUUUGGGGGUUUUGGGUUUGGGUUUUUUUUUUUUGGUACUGGGAAUUGAACUCAGGACCUCACAUUUGCCAGGGACGCAUUGCACCACUGAGCUAAAUCCCCAGUACUUAACAGGUCAAAUUGGUUUUUUUUGUGUUUGUUUCUUUUUAUUUUCUUUCUUUUUUAUUUUAUUUUUUUUUUUUUGUAAUGGGGUUCAAACUCAUGACCUUGUGCUUGUCAGGCAGGCACUUACAUCACUGAACUAAAUCCCUGGCCCUUGAACACAGGUUUUUGUCAAGUACAGGAAGAAAGUCACACUGGAGAGAAAUCUUAUGUAUUUACAAGCCUGUUUUGAGGAUCCUGUGAAAAUUCCUCAUGAAGUAGAGACCUGAACAAGUAAACAAUUUUAUGUCAGUAUUCAAACUUUUUUCAAAAAAUACACUCCCAGAUGGAGAUACCUUAGAAUACAUUCUAUAUUUUUCAGUCAGUCACUUAUAAAUAUCUCAACUAUGAGGGCUGGGGAUUUAGCUCAGCGGCAUAAGUGCCUGCCUUGCAAGCAGGCAGUCGUGAGUUCGAUCCCCGGUACCGAUAAAAAAGAAAAAGACAAAAAAAAACAAUAUCUGAACUAUGUAUCUGUUGUCUUUACUAUGAAAAAUAUUGACAUAAUAUAUUUUUGUGUAAGCCAUUGUCUUUAAACUUAACAUACAGUAUCUUUUGAUCAAACAUGUGAAAAGUAUUUCUCAUUUCCAAGUCAGGUUAGUAAUUAUGUAGUUUUUUUCUUUGUUUGUUUGUUUGUUUGUUUGCUUUUGCUGUUUGGAGGUACAGGCAAUAUUUUGUUCAUUGUUUUUUAAUUGAUGGGAUUUUCCACUAGCUUUCAUUUUAAUUUUUUAGUGUAUAAAGUUUGCAUUCUGUAAAAAGUAAUUUUGAAUUGAUUUUAUAAAGCAUAUGCAUAUUAGAGACAUGUGAAUGUGUUUUUGACAAAGUGUGUUUUGUUUUCGAACAACUUGUAGAUUAGCAAAUGUUUUGUUUCUCAUAGCCUAGUGAACUUAUACUGCAAUGUCCUAACAUAAUUAUUUCAAAUACAUAAUUUCAAAUAUAUAAUUUUGUGUAUUUCACUUUCAUAUUGGUGUCAAUGUUAUGAUUUACAUCCAAUUUUGUUUUCUUACUAUAAAUAUUUUACUUUUCAAGCUUGUAUUUUUGUGACUUCUAACUUUGUGUGAAUUUUAAUAUUACUUUUAACAAAAAAUAAAAAAUACUUCUCUGAGUUUCUAACUGACAGAUCAAA